AUGAGCCCUCCUGUCCUAGAACGAGUCCGAAGUGUCAUACACAAGGCCAAAAAUUCCGCAAAGCUACGAAGGAGAUCGACCAUAAGUAAUCCCAGCACCCAGAAACAAUCCAUCUGGAAAAGACUUCCAGACCCCGUUCUGGUGCAGAUCCUCGCACAAUGCGAUUUACAGGACAUCUAUUCACUCAUGUUGAGCUGCCGCAUGCUACAUCGCCGAAUCAGCCAACAUGAAUACCCAAUCUCCCAGGCGUAUCUACACCACCGAACACUGCCCUACCAGUGUAUCACGGAGACGGGCCACGAGCUCGUACCCUCCGCCGGGGAUGAUCUGACCUUCAUAUCCAGCUUAUUCCCUCCCCCACCACCCCAGUAUACCCACCGCGAUGACCUCCCGGAAUAUUCAUUCGGGUAUCUCGCGGACCUUACACGCUGCUGGAAGACAUGCCUCAAGCUCUCGUACUAUCUCGCCGAGUACGUCGUCCAUCAGCACCUCCAGAAAGACCCUGCUCACUCCCUCUGGUCAUCGUCCAAGACGGAAAAGGAGCUCAUCUACAGUAAAGCCGUCGGACUCCUCCAGUCCCGUCUCCUCUCUCCCCUAGCAUACAUAAUCCUCUUCCUAGAAACAAACGCCUCAUGCCCCUCCCCAUCUCUCAAAUCCCAACAAUCCAUCCUCCAACAAUCCCCCUUCACAAACACCCAAAUUCUCCUCGAAACCCACCACACCAUGCACCUCCUCUGCUCCUCCGUCCGCCACCUCAUGGCACCCGAGAUUGCGCACACCUCCACCGAAAACUGGCUCAGUCUGCUCCUCACCACGUCCACGCUCGAGCGUAUCGUCGAGUUCUUCGUCGCGGCCGCGACAGACGAGUCUGGCAAAGGCCCCGCUGGCAACGCCGGUGGUCCGUCAUCAACGUGGACGAAUCGGCUAGAGUUCAUGUGGCAGAUGCGGCGGGAUUGGGGGGAGUUUGUUGCGUCGGGGGUGAUGGCGCCGCCGACGUUGGAUGAGAUCUGGUUUGAGGCGGCGCGGAGGGAGAUUUGUUGGCGUGGGGCGAUUCCGCAUGGGUGUGGGGAGGAGAUGCUGAUUUUUCAUGGGUUGGGGGAUAGUUUGAGGUGUGAGUUUUGCGAGUAG